AUGCCUGAACGGACAAUAAAAGUUUACAAGGCUGACAACUCUGGCCUGGGGUCUAAACCGCUUCAGGGCUCUAAUGUAGAACCUGACUCUCGUCCUUUUCAUGUUACACAUAAGGAUCUAACCUACGGCCUUACGGGCCCUGGGCUCGGUCCAAACGUGCGGCGGUAUAUUGGGGGCUACGCCAAGCACGUACAACUAUAUGGCGAUGGCAGACUUUGCAAAACAUCACCACAUAGCUCUGGAUGGAUCGAAUUCCCCGACCUCUUUCACUUCACCCAACACACCGUCGGGUGUGCCAUAAUUUCGGCUCACUUCGGUUCAGACCUCCUGAGAAUCCACUCGGGCUUCAUGGAUGACCUGUGGGCAGUCGACGCUGGCUUCCCAUGGUUUGCCCGGUGUGUUCCGCGGUUUCUACGGCCGGGGCCGUACCGUGCCCGUGAUAGGCUGAUCAGUAAUCUGAUGGACUGGUAUGCAUAUGCUCGAGAUCGUUUUGACGGGUCUGCAAUAGACGAAGAUGGCGACGGUGACCCGGCCUGGGGGUCAGGUCUCAGCAGACGUCGUCAGAAGACGCUUAGGGAGAUUAGGGAACACGAUGAUCGUGCUAUUGCCAGUUUGGAUUUAGGACAUUCUUGGGGUCUCACUAAGACUCUCGGCACCAAUCGCAUCCACAACAAGCCUAAUGAUUCACAACCAGACAAGAACAUCUUAGAUCUUUUAGACCCCAAGGUCCUACAAUCAAAUUCAUUGCUCUGCUCCAUCUACGCUGAAACAUUGCGCCUACACGGAACAUCACACCUCAUUUUCCGUGCAUCCGCCGACGCGCAUCUCGGCCGCUGGUUGCUACCACGCGGUUCCAUCGGCUUGAUUAGCCCGGGCGUCUUGCAUCAGGAUGCCAAAUUUUGGAAUACGUGCGAUGGCCAGCAUCCUAUCUCCGAGUUCUGGUCCGACAGAUUCCUGGUAUACCCUAAUGAUCCAAACAGCGGGCCCGUGAGCCCGGUAUAUCGGGACAUAUCUUACUCGAGCCCGAAAAAGAGGCAAGAUAACGUCGACAAUGAUAACAAUCAGCCAUACUUCACUAUGGAUGGAACGGAAGGGGCCUGGUACCCUUACGGAGGCGGCGAGGGUAUAUGCUUGGGCCGUUUCUUGGCUAAGAAUUCCAUCCUAGCUACGCUGGCCUACUUAGUGCUGGAGUUUGACAUAGAGCCGCAGGUGGAGUCCAUGGUCGUCAACUCCUGGAGAUUUGGGUUAAGUGUCAACCAGCCGAGAUACACCACCCCAUUUAAAAUUAGGAGGAGGCCCUCAGAUAAAGAGUAG